CCCAGGGCAGGAGCCAGGUCUUGCCUGCGCGCCCGGGUCGCCUGCGCCGACUGAGGAGGUGACUUGGACGCACUAUUAUCCCGUGUGAAUCAUCCCGUCGUCAUUUGUCGAGGCUGGGAGAGAAGGCAGAGGGCGAGAAAGGGGAAAAAAGCCCGCACGCAGCUCAUGUGGCGGUGUAGUCCUGCCUGUGUGUCCUGGUCUACCUGGCACCGCUGCUGUUGCUGCUGCCGCUGACAGGGAUCUGCUGCCAUCUCUGGUCUCCCGCUGGCUCCUCCGGUCCAGCCCGGCACCGCUGCCCCUGGAUAUUCCUGCUCCUCAGCCGCCCGCCUUCCCCGCUGCUUAUCGGGCACCUCUUUCGCGUAGGGGACGUGGAAGCUGCUGCCUGACACCGGUUUUGCAUCUUAAAGAUCUCCAACGGGCUGCUGCUCUUCGUGCUGCUGCUUUUUUUUUUCUUUUUUUUCCUUUUUUUUUCUUUUAAGUUGAUUUUUAAGCCAUUUAGGGUAACAUCAAAAUGUCCAGCAGCGUUCCAGCUGAUAUGAUAAAUUUGCGCCUCAUCUUGGUAAGCGGGAAAACAAAAGAGUUCCUGUUUUCACCGAAUGACUCUGCUGCAGAUAUUGCAAAACAUGUGUAUGACAACUGGCCAAUGGAUUGGGAAGAAGAACAAGUCAGCAGUCCAAAUAUCUUGCGACUUAUUUAUCAAGGGAGGUUUCUUCAUGGCAAUGUGACAUUAGGAGCAUUAAAACUUCCUUUUGGCAAAACAACAGUGAUGCAUUUGGUGGCUAGAGAGACACUGCCAGAACCAAACUCUCAAGGUCAAAGGAACCGUGAAAAAACUGGAGAAAGCAAUUGCUGUGUAAUCCUGUAAACCCUGUUAGCUUUACCUGCUAAGUGUGAUGUAAUAUAGUCUUUGUCUUUCAUGCUGCUGGAAUAGAAGAGGCCCUACCUUGCUUCAAACACCUGUAGGAAGAGCCUGUCUG